CUAAGGUAUAAAAAAGCGCGCCUGUCUAGUGUGGAGCCAUCACUCUCAUUUCGUUGCAUCUACCGAGCCGCUCUCAACCUCCGACCAAGAUGCUGUCCCUCGUCCUCGUUCUUCUGGGCGUGAGCGCCUGCUUCGCCGGUGAUGUCCUUCUGGGCGGCGGUGGCUACGGUGCUGGCGCCGGCCUGGGCACCGGCGUAGGUUACGGCGGAUACGGUGGCGGCCUAGGUGCGGGCUACAACCAGCAGGCUAGCGCCUCGCAGGGCGGCUUCAGUGCCGGCGCAUCUGGACACAACCAGGGAAGCGGAGCCUUUGACAGGGGCAACGCCUACAAGAAUGUCCAGGGCUACAGCAACCAGGGUGGACACCGCAGCAGCACGGGCUUCUCGGAUUCCAAGAGCAACCGCUACGGCAGUGGUUUCGGCCAGGGCAGCAGCGGCUUCAACGCGGGUGCGGCCGGCGCUAAGGGAUCCUUCGGAAGCCAGGCACACGGCAGCCAAUACGGCGGCGUUGGUGGUUACUAAGCUGCUCUAGCGUCAUGCUUUCCUAUAUCGCCCACCUCUACACGUCCGAUAAACCAGUCUCGAAUGGAAAAGACAUCGCGCUGCACGACGACGGAAGCUCACCUACACCAACAACACCUUAAAUCUGACAGGAUCGGCGACAACGGUAGAUGUUAACUGUACACAGAGAAUGAAAAAAUAAAUGGUUUCGUUCACAGUUG